UCAGUGUGACGGGAACGUUUGAAUUGAGAAGUACUACGAUUCUCGAAUUCUCGAAUAUGUCGCCCGUAACAAGACUUCUGGUGCUGCUUUUGGCCGUGGGCGGUGGUGUGGUUUAUAAGCGGUUAAAUCAGCUGUGGGGAGAUUUGCCGGCGCCCACAUUGGAUGCCCAGCAAUGGUGGGGCGAUGAGGCAUCUCCGAAAGACUAUGCCGCCUAUUUGGCCAACUCAUCUGAGGUGGUGGGCAAUCGCCUGGUGUACCCGGAGUCGACCAUUGAGGAUCUGAGUAAACAAUUGAAUCGCACACUACGUCUAACACCUCCGCUGGAGGGUGUUGCCUUUGAGUAUGGAUUUAACACGGAUUAUCUGAAGAAACUGGUGGCCUAUUGGCGCGAUGACUACUUGCCGCGUUGGCGUGAACGUGAGGUGUUCCUUUGGCAGUUCAAUCACUUCACCACAGAAAUACAAGGUCUACGCAUGCACUUUCUACACCUGAUGGUCUACGAUGACAACAAGGUGGGCAAGCAGCACUAUCCGGUGUUGUUGCUUCACGGCUGGCCGGGAUCGGUGCGUGAGUUCUACGACUUUAUCCAUUUGCUGCAUCAAACCCAUUUGGAUGAUAAGAACAAGUACAUAUUCAAUGUGAUUGUGCCCAGUUUGCCGGGCUACGGCUGGUCACAGGGCACCUCACGUCCCGGUUUGGGACCGGCUCAGAUGGCCGUCAUGCUGCGUAAUCUGAUGUUGCGCCUGGGCUAUGAUAAGUUCUUUGUUCAGGGCGGCGAUUGGGGAUCCGUGUUGGGCUCACACUUGGCCACCCUUUAUCCGGACAACGUGCUGGGCUAUCACUCGAAUAUGUGCAACAAUCUGAGUCCGAAGUCAACGGUGAAGGGUUUACUGGCUGGCCUAUUUCCCAGUUUCUUUGUGCCCAGCGGCUUUGAGGAUUUCUUCUUUCCCAAGUCGAGGGAGUUUAGCUAUUUGAUGGAGGAAAGCGGUUACUUCCAUCUGCAGGCCACCAAACCGGACACCAUUGGCUCCGCACUUACCGAAAAUCCCGUCGGCCUUGCCGCCUAUAUUCUCGAAAAGUUCUCCACCUGGACAAAUGCCAGCUAUCGCUCUCUGCCCGAUGGAGGUCUUACCCAGCGCUACAAACUGGAUGCUCUCUUCGACAAUGUGAUGAUUUACUAUCUGACCAACUCGAUCACCACAUCGCAGCGUCUCUAUGCGGAGGCCUACACCAAGGAGCAGCGGGAACUGCAGCUGGAGCGCGUUCCCACCACUGUGCCGACGGGCUGUGCUCGGUUCAAGGGCGACAUCAUGCAGUUCCUGGACACACAGCUGCAGGACAAGUACAAGAAUCUAAUUCACAGCACCUACUACAAGAGGGGCGGUCACUUUGCCGCCCUCGAGUUGCCCAAGGUGCUGUACACAGAUUUCAUUGAGUUUGUUAAGAAAGUUGAGCGCAAAUUUAAUAUUAAAACUUUGUAAAUAAACAGCAGUUUUGCAAAAUUCAA